UAUAUACUGUAUAAUUUGGCAACAAGACGGAGGGGGUGAAAAGUGAAAACAUAGGGCACGGCAAGAAGAGAGUAGAGGGGAUGACAGUAGCAGCAGGGAUCGGAUACGCCUUGAUAGCUCUGGGCCCCGCGCUUGCCCUCUUCACCGCCCUCAUCUCCACUAAGCCUUUCCUCAUUCUCACACUUGUCUCCAGUACAUUACUGUGGCUCAUUACUCUCAUCGUCCUCUCGGCACUCUGGAGGGCUUUUCUUCCUUUCCAAGCAACGCAAUUUGGCUGGUCCUAUUUCAUUCUCAUUCUCACUUGUAUCGUUUUUCAGGAAGCCGUUCGAUUUCUUUUGUGGACAGCUUACAGGAAAUUGGAACAUGUAUUGAAUGAUUUCGCUGAUAGAGUCUCGAAACCUCGCCUCUAUCUUACGGAUAAGAUGCAAAUUGCUCUAGCUGGUGGUCUAGGUCAUGGUCUCGCACAUGGUGUAUUCUUUUGCCUUAGCCUAUUAACACCUGCAUUUGGCCCAGCUACUUUUUAUGUUCAGAAAUGUUCACAAAUGCCAUUUUUCCUUGUUUCUGCAAUGAUCGCUCUUGCUUUUGUUAUAAUCCACACUUUUUCCAUGGUCAUUGCAUUCAAAGGAUUUGCAGAACAGAAUAAGGUGGAUCAAUUGUUUGUUCCGAUAGUUCACCUGGUUGCAGGAAUGCUGACACUUGUUAAUCUUGCAUCUGGAGGUUGCAUGAUUGGGAUUCCUAUGCUCUAUCUAGUAGCGUUGGCAACAUUAAUUUAUUGCGGAAAGAUGGUGUUUAGGAGUUUGACCGAAGUACAAAGCAGUCAAGGAAAUUCAUGGUAGCAGGUCAAUAAUGCGACCAGGGAAAUUCACCACUUAAGAAAAUCGAGCAUUCUUGCCCGUUUUGAGGCCAAAAUACUACUCUUGCUUUGCUUUCUGCAAGAAAUGACUAAACCGCUCAUCUUAAUACGUGCAUGAGUAGCAGUGAGUUUCUUAAGAAUCUAAGCAACACACUGAUAAUGUAGUACCUAGUUGAUACUGGAGGAAAAUGCUGACAGCACAUUUGUAAUCAUGUAAUCAAAUUACAAGGCUGAACUAAAUAUUGAUAGCUUUAACGAGUACAGAUUGCUACUCUGUUGUAAUUGCAAGAGACUUGUUAAGAGGAGGCGAGUGUACUUUAUUUA